AUGGGUCUCAAGUGGGAGCAGAUCAAGCAUCGGCUGGAAGUGCCCAAGGACGAAGAUGCCCACUACGAAAACACUACCUGGUGCAACCGGGAUCUGAUUCCUAUGCCGCCUGAGAGACGCACAUGGGGCAUCUGGGGCUACUUCGGAUACUGGACGGUGUCGGGUUCAUGCAUUUCGGCAUGGUCGACUGGAAGUACUCUCCUGGCCCUAGGGCUCAGCCCCCAGCAAGCCAUCGGCGUCGUGAUCCUCGGAGGCUUCCUCACCGGCCUCCUGGCCGUCUCUGCUGGGUGGAUGGGUGAAAAUCAUCACAUCGGAUUCACUGUCUCGUCACGCUUCUCGUGGGGAAUGCGAGGGAGUUAUUUUCCGGUCGUGCUACGAGUCUUCGUCGCCUGUAUGUGGUUUGGAAUGCAAGCCUACUGGGGAGGACAGGCCACCCGGGUUAUGUGGGGUGCUAUCAUUCCAGGCUUUGCGCAUAUGAAGAACUUCUUCUCCGAGAGCUCCCACCUGUUGACCAACGACUUUAUCGGGCUGAUCAUCUGGAUGGCGGCUUUCGUCCCCCUGGUGCUGGUCCCUCCCGAACGCCUCCAGAUCCCUUUCGCCAUCUCGUUCGUCUUCUUUGCAGGCUCUUGCUUCGGUCUGCUCAUAUGGGCGGUCCACAACGCUGGCGGACCCGGCAGCAUGUUCCACGAGCCCGGCACGGCCGACAACUUGGGCUGGGCCUUCAUGUUCGGCAUCACAGCCAUUCUCGGCGCCUGGGGUGCCGGGACCUUGGGCCAGUCUGACUGGACGCGUUAUGCCAACCGGAAAUUCGCCCCGACGCUGUCGCAGUUGGUUGCGGCACCCAUCACAAUUGCCGUGACUGCUAUCAUUGGCAUCAUCGUCACGAGUGCUUCGAGGGACAUCCUGGGCGGAGAGGUCAUGUGGAACCCGAUCUAUUUGCUCUCCGACAUCCAGGAGAACUACCAUUCCAGCCCAAGGGCCCGGGCUGGCGUCUUCUUUGCCAGCCUCGGGCUUGUCAGUUCACAGCUUGCGAUCUCGGUCGUCUUGAACUCGGUCUCGACUGGGAUGGACAUGGCUGGGCUGUGUCCCAAGUAUAUCAACAUCAUCCGAGGCAGCUACAUCAUGGCCAUCAUCGGCAUUGCCACCCAGCCCUGGCAACUGGUGAACACGGCCGACAGAUUCCUCAAAGUCCUCAGCGGCUUUGGUGUUUUCAUGGCCCCUGCCACCGGAGUUCUGUUGGCAGACUAUCACGUCGUCCGUCGGGCCAAGCUGAAGCUCAACGACCUGUACACGGGAAACAGCUCGUCCAUCUACUGGUUCAACAAGGGCGUCAACUGGCGGGCCAUCGUGGCCUUUUUCUCGGGUGUCUGGCCACUACUACCCGGUCUUGUCGGCACCGUCAACAGCAGCACCGACCCGUCCAUGACGAAUUGGAUCCGGCUGUACAACCUCACCUUCAUCGUCGGUCUGGCCAUCAGCUUUGUCGUCUUCUGGGUCUUGAACCGCGUCUUCCCGCCUCCCGGGCUCGGUGUCGAGGCGCCCUUUGUCGACGAAGACGUUCUGUACGGCCUGGGCGAAGAGAGUUCUGAAGACAAUGGCAUUGGCAUUGGUAGUGGCCGUGGCGGCGAGAAGGUCGGUGUCGGCGCAGACAAGCAUCCCGCCCACGCCACGGUGUCGGCGUAG